GACUGUCAUAUUUUGCAUUCAGUUUUUCACCACGAAAAAAACACAAUCACCCAAAAUUGCAAGUACGAAACCAAAUUUCAGGAAAAUCAGAGUUAUCUUUCUAUUCGGAAAUGCUGUGAAUAGUGGAAAACAUUCCGGAGUGAGUGGUCAUACGAGUGCAAAACGAAUCCUUCGCGGAGGGGGUCGAUUUUGGGGAUAAAAACCGAACGGAAAAUUUCGUUCCCGAGGGUGUGCAAGUGAUAAGAGAAAAAAGUGCCAUGAUUUCAUUUCUACGACGUCGACGGAAUAACAUUGCACGGAGGAUAAUGGACCGGUACCAGCUUGUGCCGGUGCUGAUAGUGGCCUCACUGCUAAUUCUGGUAGGAUCGGCAACUUCGAGCCUCCCCCAUGAUUCUCCAACCGCGGCAGCUGGAUUGACUGCCUCCUCUUCUUCCGGGGAGCAUUCUUCGAUGGCCAGUGGCGGAAGCAGACGGCGACAGGAUCACGACCAACAACAACAGCAGCAGCAGCAGCAGCAAUCGAUAGAUGCUCAGUCGCAGGAAACGAAAUUAUGUCCACUCAUGAUGAGGCAUGUUUUCGAUGGAUAUGCCCCCAUUGGAAACAGCAAAGCCGGUAAUUAUUCGGAAGUCCCAGAGGCCUUAGUUCUGAACACCUGCGUUCAAGGUUGUUGCGUCAAAGGGGAAAACUGCACCGCUGCCUUCAUGUUCAAUCGGACGUGCUAUCACGUCAAAUGCUGGACCAGCGAACUCUGCAUACCGGUCAAAAAGGCCAAUCUGGCCGCCAAGCUGAAAAUGAUGCUCGUCAAUCCGGUGGGCGAUGAUGGCCGAACGUGGCCCGAAAUCCUCGAAAGCGCAGUUCCUCAGGAAACGAGGAUCACCGAACCGGAUUUGGAACGGUUCGAUGGAAGCAUCAUGAACAAGCUGAAAACCAUGUACAAUCUGGAACGAAAUCGGGAAGAGCUGUCCGAAAGGAUAUACGAUAUGCCGCUGGACAAGCAGGUGGAGUAUGAGCUGGGAAAGUAUCCCGCGUCUUAUAUGUAUGGGGACGAUCCGAUGAUGGCUGAAUCGAAGUUCUAUCCGGAACAUAAAUGUGUGGUAGGGCUUGAUAGUUCCUGCCCAGAGCAUGAAACCUGCGUUGGUUCGUCGAAAAGCUUCGAAGGAAUAUGUGAUUGUAUGGAACAUUAUACGCGAAAUAGCGAGCAGCUCUGUGUAAGAAUAGAACAAUCCCGAGCGUACGACAUCCCUCAAACACUAACAGCACAAAAAUUGAUCAUGAACAACGUUCACAGUGAAGCUGGAGAAAUAGAAGAGGAAAAUGCGAGGCCACCCCCUCCCAAAAAUUUGACCGUCUCCGUUGUUUCUAAGGAUAUCCGUCUACCGAACAAUGAAGCCGUUUUGACGGCCUUUGUGAUACCGGAUGAAGCCACCAGUCAGGAUAAAUAUACGUACUCCUGGUCUUUGAUCUCACAGCCUUCCAAAGGGGACAGCAACGCCACAAUUACCGAUCAAACCAAAUCCCAGGCCAAGCUUUCCAAACUCACAGAAGGCCUCUACCGAUUCAAAGUUACCGUCACUGGCCAGAAAGGUUACGGUGAAGCUUAUCCCAACAUAACUGUCCUACCGGAGCAGAAAAUUAAUAAACCACCAGAUGUCGUGAUCACGCCUAUGGAGCAAACCGUCAAGCUUCCCAACCACAAGGCCAUUCUAGAUGGAAGCGCUUCAACGGAUGACGACAAAAUUACCUCUUGGCAGUGGGAACUGGUCCAGGGUCCACUUGGUUACCAACCGGAACUGCCUGCCGUCAGCACGCUCCAGUUGAACGAUCUGGAAAUGCCCGGAAAGUACACCUUCAAGCUUACCGUGAUCGAUUCGGAAAAACUCUCCAACAGCACAACAGCCACCAUCGAAGUCCUUAAGGAGAUCGACUACCCGCCGGAAGCGAACGCCGGCCAGAAUGUAAUCGUGUACCUUCCCAACAACAAAGUCACCCUGAACGGGUCACUCAGCAAAGACGAUCACGGCAUCGUCGCCUGGGAGUGGACCAAAGACAGCAAAGAUCAAUCGAAGGCAGUGGAUAUGCAAAACACUCGGACACCGUACUUGCAGCUGUCCAACCUGGAAGAGGGCGUGUAUGUAUUCGAGCUCAAGGUGACGGACGCCAACAAUCAGAGCAGCACUUCCACUGUGCAUGUGUUCGUCAAAAUGCCUACCAAUAUGCCACCGGUGGCAAACGCUGGCGCUAACUAUACGCUAAAUCUGCCGCAAAACUGGGCGACACUCAAUGGCAGCGAGUCUAAGGACGACCUGCGCAUUACCAGUUGGAACUGGCGCCAGAUAAGUGGACCCAAUACGGCGACGAUCCUGAAUGGGAACAACUCGAUUGCCAACGCCACAUCGCUGACGAUCGGUGAUUACCUCUUCGAGCUGACCGUUACGGACGAGGCGAACAACAACGACACCAGUCGGGUGAAGAUAACGGUCGUCCAGGAACGGAACACUGCCCCGGUGGCGAACGCCGGCGGUGAUCAGAGCGUCACUUUGCCCACCAAUGUGAUCGUUUUGAACGGUACCCGCUCGAACGACGAUCUGGGAAUCGCAAACUAUAGUUGGACACGGGAGUCUGGUAGUCUAGCCAUCGGAACCAUCGUUGACGAGAGCGACCGGAAGCCCGUUUUGAUCCUCACCAACAUCGUCCCAGGUCGGUACGUGUUCAAACUAACCGUUACCGAUGGCCAAGGAUUGUCCGGUUCCGACACGGUGAGCGUUAUCGUGCAUCCGGAUCCGCUGGUCAUGAGUUUGGUGGAACUGACGCUCACCAUGGAAGCAACCGUGCUGACCCAAUCGGAACUGGACUCGCUACAGCAGAAACUGGUCCUGCUGAUUGGAGACAACAAUGCCCGGUUACAUGUUCGUGAUUUAAAAAUCGAGCACAAAACCGGACAAGUGGUGAUCGUAUUUUACGUGGAGAAAAAUGAAAAAGACAAACCGGAAAUCAUGCCCGCCCUGGAGGUGGAGAAAAUCCUGAAGGAGAAAUUCUGGCGGGAUUACACAAUCCUCGGAACAUCGGUUGCCGGCAUCCGAACGACCAUCUGCCAGAACGAUUGCUCCGGACACGGAGUGUGCAAUGCCGAAACGCGAGAUUGCAUGUGCCAGAGCUUCUGGAUGCCCGAUAUCUUCUUCUUCUGGGGUGUGGCCGAAGCUAACUGCGAUUGGUCCAUCCUGUACGUCAUUAUCGGUGUGUUCAUCGUGUUCCUAGUGCUGUCCGGCAUCUGCUGGGGAAUUACGUGCCUCUGCCGGCGGUCAAGCAAACCACGCACAAGAAGCAAAACUCAAAAAUACUCCCUGCUUGGGACGCAGGACGAUGAAUUACCAUCUUUCACUCGCACCGGAACGACGAUGUCGGACUCGGAAACUGAUUCGGACGUCCUGUUCGAGAGCCGGUCCAAACAGAAUGGUAUCCCACCGGGCAGGGUCAAGCUAGCCAACGGAGACGUCCGGAAUGGUCACGCCAAGUACAACACGACGCGCCUCGGUCGACGAAUUAAAACGUAAACUAGGGCUCCAGAUGCUGAGGAUGGUAGAAAAGUUUUCCGGUUUUGUGAGAAGGUCUACGAAAAGUUUGUAUGAGUGAUCUUCGUUUUGCUUCUUUUGAUAAGUAUAAGGGACGAUCGAUAGCAAAGAAGUAGAAUACUGAAGAAGAUAAUUUUGCAAAUUGUAGAUAGUGCACCUGAGCUAUAAGUUGUAAGUAGUAUUUUUGUUUAUUGUAGUUGUGAUAUCAUUAGUUGUCUACCUUACAACAUCAUUGUAGAUAUGAUGAAAAGUGAUCAAGUCCAACUAGAGUUGAACAAAGUAUAAUAUAUGUGAUUUUGGAAGCCAUCGACUAAUUUUAAUUUAUGUUUUGCAAAUAUUUGUGGCAUUUAUUGUGGCAAUGCUUUGAGAUUUAACCUAAAACCACCAUCGCUCGCAUAGCCUGCGUAAAAUGCAUGAUUCAAAUCACACCACUUAAAUUAAAUUCCUUAUUACAACAAAUUAAACAUUCCUACUAUGUUAGUCAUUAAAUUCCAUUAAUUAUGAAUAAAGUUUAUUUUUUGUAACAAUAAUUCCAAGACUGCAAGUGAUGAACGAAUGGAAGAAAGUCGUUUACCAUUGAUCCUUUAUAAAAUAAGUGCCGCGAGUGUGCAGAAGUUUAAAACAAGUUUGUAUUUGUUUGAAAAGCAUCUACUUCUAGUCACAAACUAAGUUUGUUAUGGAAAACAGUCAAAAAUUUUAAAUACGAAGCACAUCAAAACAUCCUGUAAGUUGUCCCACUUAAUACCUCCAAAAAAUAAAAAAUAUGUUUGAAUUUGUUACUUUUAUGUCACCUUAAACUAUUGUGCAUAUAAUAUCCUUGUUUGUUGGUUUGAAUAAUACGAUACCUACUGAUCAGAUAGAACUAAUUCCCGGUUUACCACUAUGUACUUAUUUUAGAGAGGCGAAAAGAAGCCUAGAUCGAUGGAGUUAAAAAAACCUAGUAUUAUUAUACACCUAUUGACACCUAACAAAUUGAACGAUAAUAAAAUAUUUUAAAACGUGACAUGAAUAAAUCGAACCGUGAUCAUCUAAA